AUGCCGCCGAACGGGAAAAAAGGAAUGACGCCGACGCAGCCACGCAGAGAUGUGCUGGCCUCUCUGCGUAUGGCGUCUAUGGAAGAAGUUGCGCGGGCUUCCUUACCAGCUGAGAUCAUGUCGUCCAUUCUUGAUCACCUCGGUCCUGUUGACCUCAUCCACGCAGCGCGGUCAUGCAAGCUCUUACACGAAAUGGCAUAUGAUGAUACCAGAUGGGUAUACAUGCUAAAGCGAAUUGGGUGCUGGAAUGAGACAGAUGCUCGAAAACAUAUCGAAAAAUCAUACGGGAGCAUUACGAAUAUGGAUGCUGUUGGUGAGCAAGAAGUGGCUGAGGUAGUAGGAGCUGUGGCCUCCGCGAUUGCGGCUCAGGACUCAUCCGCGACAGAUGUGAACGCUAUCUCUGAUGGGUUUGACAAGAUCGAGAUCGGGAAUAUAGCUUCACAGCCCAACUUGCUUGAAACUGAUAUGGAAGAUCCAGAUUUGGUGGUGAUAAAGCAGGCGAAGUCCAUUCGGGGUGAAGCUCGUCAGGAGUACGGGAAGAUUCAUGCCGUAUUGGCACCUUUUUACAACGAUAUCGUGAGGUCUGGGCCGUCGACAGAUAAUCUGGUUUUCCAAAAAUAUACAGAUGAGCGAUCCCAAGCGCAGAUAUUGUCUCAGUUGCGUGACUUUGCCAAAUCAGAUAUGAUUGACGGCUGGGAAGAACGGGAAGAUCGCCUGGAGAACACAGUGUCCAUGUUUGAAACUACUGCUUUGAAUGAGUUCCGGAAAGCCUACGACACAGAGGACGUUGAUGGAAAUAUGCGAAAAUACGGAAAUGUCUUGUGGAUGCUCAAUGGCGGCAAUUCCGCGGUGGAGUUGUUUAUUCGCCACAAUCAUAUAAUGACUCGCAAGGAAGAGCUCGGAUCGCCAGCCGAUUGCAUUGACUUGACCGGCAAAUUGAGACUUCAGCACACACAGGCCUUUUUUACUCGCGUAAGUGUUGCUUAUAAUGAGGAGGUUACUAUAAUGAACCGCGUUUUUCCUCCGGAGCUGGACGUGGCGUCUGCCUUCAUGCAAAAGGUCGGAAAGGAUGUCCUCUCUCCAUUUUUGACAGCUAUAUUUGACGAGCUUCAUCGCACUAGCGUGGAGUCGUAUCUGAGCGCGAUUUCACUCACCUUCAUCCAGUGCAUGAACUUAUCUGAAGCUCUUCUGCCCAUCCGAAACUCCAACGAUAAAUUCGACCAGUAUCUUGAUGCUGUCGUUUGCAAGAUCUACGAGCCACACAUUGAACUAUAUCUAGCAGAAGAGCUCAAUUACUUCCGAAAGGGGUGUGAGGCGACAGUUACCGACUGGGAUCGCCAGCUUUCCGAACAAGCAGCCUCGACUGAAUCAUAUCUGAUGUCGAAUGUCAACCGACAGGCUGAUAAAAGAGACUUCCUUACAUCAUUUAAGAAAGUGAUCAUGAUGCCAGUGAACAUACUCCCAAGCUUUUCCAAGUCCAAUGGAGACUCGAAACCAGAUGCAGGCACUAGUGACAGCGGCACGCCCACAACUUCCAAGAGUCCCAACCGAUUCUCCACGAUCACAUCUCCUGCUCCGGCGUUCCCCGAAGAAGCCCCAAGUACUGAACUUGCAGCCAAGGCAGCCAUCAUGAAAACAAAGAUGGAAGGCAUUCGAUCUUUGUUCAGCAUUGAAAUCGCCCUGAGCCUGGUUCAUACCGCAAAAUCUAGUCUCGAGAGAGCCGCGCAGUUUGUGCGCCUCGGUGGACAAUACGGUACGGCAGCGAAGAAUCAAUGCGCGGCAAUCUUUGUCGCUCUCUUGCGGAUUCUGGGCUACCGCCAUGUCAUAAUCGGCUUCGACAAGGCGAUCGAUCAUCUGUCUAACUACCGACCACGCGAACAGGAUGAGCGUGAUCAGUCUGGUGUAGAGCCUUUAGUGACAUUCUUGGAGCUGGUCAACGUCGGGGACCUGAUUUUACAAAUGGUGGACGUUUUCUACGAACAAGAAUUGAUUGGUACAAGGCUGACAGAUCGGAACGACUUCCUCGACCCUGCUGUGAAAGAGAAGAAGAAAUUUGAGCAGCUCCUUGAUGAACGUGUUGCUUCUGGCUUGAAUAAGGGUAUUGACGUCCUCAUGGAAGAAGUAGACUAUAUCCUCGCCACGCGGCAGCUGGCUACAGACUUCAAUCCGGGUGUAUCGUCUGAUCCCCAUCGACAGACUAUGGACGUGGGUGUGAGUGAAGCCGCCACGGCUGUGGUGGAUAUUGUCUCAUCUCACACGCAGAUGCUGGUGGGAAGUACGGAUAAGAGCACACUGGAUGUGUUUAACCAAGAAGUCGGCCUCCGCUUAUUCACAGCUCUAUGCAAACAUCUCAAGCGACAGCGCAUCAGUGUCGAGGGAUCACUGAAGCUAAUCAGCGACAUGAACCAUUACUUCAAAUUCGUACAGACACUGAGGAACAGCGAGCUACUCUUAUAUUUUAAGGCUUUCCGGGAACUUGCACAGAUCUACCUGAUCGAUCCGUCUGAUGCUAAAGAGCUAGCGACGCUUAUUGCCGACGCAGAUCGGUUCCAGGGGAUCUGGCGCGUGGAAGAGGUAUAUGAGUUUGCGGAGCGCAGAGCUGACUGGUACCAGGUCAAGCGCAAUGUAGAACGAGCCAUGUAUGGCAUUGGAUGUAGCUUGAUGUAA